CCAGAUGCCAAAGCUGCAGGGCUUCGAGUUCUGGAGCCGCACCCUGGGGGGGGCCCGCCACGUGGUGGCCCCGAUGGUGGACCAGAGCGAGCUGGCCUGGAGGCUGCUGAGUCGCCGCCACGGGGCCCAGCUCUGCUACACGCCCAUGCUGCACGCCCAGGUCUUCGUCCGCGACGCCAACUACCGGAAGGAGAACCUGUACUGCGAGGUGUGCCCCGAGGACCGGCCCCUCAUUGUGCAGUUCUGUGCCAACGACCCGGAGGUGUUUGUCCAGGCGGCGCUUCUGGCGCAGGACUACUGUGAUGCCAUCGACCUGAACUUGGGCUGCCCCCAGAUGAUAGCCAAGCGGGGUCACUACGGCGCCUUCCUGCAGGAGGAGUGGGACCUGCUCCAGAGAAUGAUUCAGCGGGCCCACGAGCAGCUUUCUGUCCCGGUCACGUGCAAGAUCCGGGUCUUCCCAGAGAUUGACAAGACCGUGAGGUACGCCCAGAUGCUGGAGAAGGCUGGCUGCCAGCUGCUGACAGUGCACGGGCGCACCAAGGAGCAGAAGGGGCCUCUGUCCGGCGCCGCGUCCUGGGAGCACAUCAGGGCCGUGCGGAAGGCCGUGGCCAUCCCUGUGUUUGCCAACGGGAACAUCCAGUGCCUGCAGGACGUGGAGCGCUGCCUGCGGGAUACGGGGGUGCAGGGGGUCAUGAGUGCAGAGGGCAACCUGCACAACCCCGCGCUGUUCGAGGGCCGCAGCCCUGCCGUGUGGGAGCUGGCUGAGGAGUACCUGGACCUGGUGCGCCAGUACCCCUGCCCGCUGUCCUGCGUCCGGGCCCACCUCUUCAAGCUGUGGCACCACACGCUGCAGGUGCACCAGCAGCUUCGCGAGGAGCUCGCCAAGGCGAAGACCCUGGAGGGCGUGGCCGCCCCGGGGGAGGAUUGGGGUCUGCGGUGUCAGGAGGACAUGUUGCGGCAGGAGGGGGAGGGGCCGUCGGGCGGCCUGCCUUUCUUCCACUGGAUCUGCCAGCCCUACUUCCGGCCGGGGCCCAAGGAGGGGAGCAAGAACACAGGCGCCCGCAGUAAGCGGGCCCUGGAGGAGGAGGAGGAGGGCGGCACGGAAAUCCUGUCCAAGAACAAGCAGAAGAAGCAGCUGAGGAACCCCCACAAGACCUUCGACCCCUCGCUGAAGCCAAAAUACGCCAAGUGCGACCAGUGUGGGAACCCCAAGGGCAACAGGUGUGUGUUUAACCUGUGCCGGGGCUGCUGCAAGAAGCGAGCUUUCAAAGAGACUGCGGACUGCCCAGGUCACGGAUUGCUUUUUAAAACCAAACUGGAGAAAUCGCUGGCCUGGAAGGGGGCCCAGCCCCAGCUGCAGGAGCCCCCACAGGCGGGGCCCGGGGACCGAGGCGGCUUCCCAGGGGUCCUGGGCAGUGCCCUGGCCUGAAGGCCCCAGAGGCCGCCGCCCGCCCCUCCGGCCUCAGGACUGUGCGAAGCCCCCCACCCCUCAGGAGACGCCUUCACUCAGGGAACCUCCUGCUCCUCCACACCCCUCGGCCACACCGGGCUGAGCGCGGCCCCGGCGAGUGUUCUCAGGCUGGACCUGCCCUGACCUCGCACCGUGUGCCCUAAAGUGAACAAUAAACCUUCAGAGACGUG